AUGACCGCGAAAUCUUCUUUUGGUCAAAUGUGCUCGAAUUGCCAUAGCACCGCGACCUCUUUAUGGAGGCGUGGUCCUGAUAAUUCUUUGCUUUGUAACGCCUGCGGUUUAUACCAAAAGCACCGAAAUCAGGCCCGUCCUAUAAAGGCGGAAGAACUGCAGAAGGAUACACCUCCUGUUGCCAAACAGAUUUGCACAAAUGGAACCUGUUCUGGAGACGGUUAUUGCGAUGGAACAGGUGGAAGUGCUUCUUGUACUGGUUGUCCUGCCUUAAAUAAUCGUUUGAAAAGCAUUAGUUCGAAAUCGAGUAAGCUUGAUCGUUCUAGCCUGUCGCCCAAGCCCGACUCCUCCGUCAUCAGUAAAGAGUCCGAGACCUCUAACAGUGAAGAUGAACAGAAAUCUAAGUCCCCAGAAUCCGGGAUCUCUUUAAAGUCUGAAGGUAAUAAACGCCGUGCAAGCGAGCAAUUGGAAGGACCGACUCUGGUUGCUGCUAGCGAGUUGGGCGCUACAUGCUGUCAGAAUUGUGGUACUACCAAUACUCCCCUUUGGCGGAGAGACGAGUUAGGUAAUCCAAUUUGUAAUGCAUGCGGUCUUUAUUACAAGAUUCAUGGCAUACACCGUCCUGUGACCAUGAAGAAAGCUAUUAUCAAGCGAAGGAAACGUAUCGUCAUGCACAACAACCAUAAUGUAACUUCACAGUCUUCUAAACAGGCUGCUUCGCAAGCCACCGAUGCACAUAAACAUGCCAAAAGCUCGUCACCAAAAGAAACCUUAAUGGUCAAGCCCAUGAAUGGCGAUGAAUCCAAUAAUAUCCACAGAGUAUCCGAUAAACCCAUUGAUUAUGGUUCUCCCGCUAAUGCUUUACUCAACCCUGCUGGUUCUUUUCAUCAUCCCGCUUAUCCACCCAAUGGGUACAGCGGAAUAUUGCCUCCCGUAGUUAAUUCAUCUCCUUUAUUGACACUAUCAAGACUUGCUGCAGGUGAGCCUGAUACGAAUAACCAAUAUCUUUAUGCUUACAAUAAAGUUCCGGAAGCUGCUCACUCUUUGGGAGUUCCGCCUGAGACUCAAACCGAUAGUUCAUUGAACUUGGCAAAUAACAUCGUCAACAGAACAAUCGGCGAGAUUCCUCAAAAUGCACGACCAGUUUAUUCUUCCCCACUUCCUCCAAUGAACGUUAGUCCUCCUUUUAAUAAACUUACGGGCUCACCAUUACCCGUCGGUGAAGUGAACGGAAAAGAACCUGUAAAGCAGGAAAAUAGUGUUUUGAACAAAAAAUGGCAUCUUCCUCCAAUUCUUCCUGUAGGUGAAUCCGUGAAUUUACCCAGUCGUGAACAGAAAAAACCAAAAAUUACGGAAGGCAUUGCUUCUCUGCUAAAUCCUGAAGAACCGUCGGGUUAUUCAAAUUCCGGACACACUAAAGUUGUGGAUGAAAAGCUGAAAAUAGCUCCUUUGCAAACCAAUCAAGCUUCCAGUUCUUUGCUUUUGAAUGCACCUCCUUCACCAUUACAAUUUCCUCCGGAAUUACAAGCAUCCCCUGUUGACCAACGACAGUAUGCUUUAAAUGUGCUUUCUGAGCUUCGUUCCAAACAUGAUAGUAUGGUGCAAGAACUGUCUAAUAUAAACUAUACUAUGGUAAAGAUUGACACGUGGUUACGCUCAUCUAAUGUGAAUGAAUUGGUUACGAAUGGCACACCAGUCGCGAAUCCUUCCGUAAACUCUGGUGUACUGCAGACCUAA